UAGUUACAAAGUGAUACCCGGUAAAAAAGUCGGAGAGAGGCCAAGAGGAGACAAAGAGUAAGUCCAGUCGGUGAUCGGAUAAAUAGAUACUAACAAAAGACAGAUCGUUUUUUAAUAAAUAAGAAAUAUUAAAAAUCGUCGACAUGGAGGAACAUCAGAGAAUUUCGGCGGAUCGGGUGACAAGAAAGAGAGGCAAAUCCACGACGAUGGCAGUUGUUUCGAGCCCAGUGGAGAAAGUUGACAAUAAUGUGAGCAAAGCAGAAAUGGAGAGAAAGAAUCUUCAUGACCAUCAUUUGAAUGCGGUCAAACUUACGUUGGAGGCUGCGGAGAAAAAAUGGAACGACAAAACGGUCAGCCAAACUGAACGGUUUAUGAUCAGAGCACAAGAGAUAUUACUAAUCAAGCAAGAAAGGACUACACCGGUAGCAUUUGUGCCUUCGGGUCUAUCUAUGGAUGAAGAUCAAAAAACUUUUAGCAGAAUUGAAGAGGAAGUUAGAAAAUACACUCCCCUCUGCGCCAGAAUCAGCUCAUUUAAAUGUCCCAAUGUUAAAAUUGCGUUUCAAACUAUUUGCAAUGAACUGAAUUCUCCGUCUUCUACAACACCGCGUGCUCUGCGGGAUGAAAUUCAUACCAAUUCGGAUUCCAUAAAAAUGGUGGCCAUUCUUGUGGAGAAAGCAGAGUAUUUUAAGAAAAAUGUAUUUCCUCAACUAUUGCAACUUCUCAGCUCUGUAGAUCUACCUUAUCUGUUCAUUGUUGGGGUCAGUCAUUGUAUUGGGAAUUUUGAUAGGUUUAUUCCUUCAAAUUGUAAUACAGCGUUCGUUUAUUCAUCCUUCGAAACUGUUUCAACAACUCAAAGGCUGAACCAAGUUUUAUAUAAUAUCCUGGAUCCUGAUUUGGGUCCUUUCACUCUUGAUGGCGAAGUGGUCAAAUUUUUGUGUCGCCAUUAUCAAUCUCAACAUGCAUCAAUACAGAGACUUUUUCAGGCAUAUCGAAUUUGUCUCUUGGAACAUUAUCGCAAGCCAGAAUCUGUUUUGUGUAGAGUUCCAUACCCUGAAUCGAGUGCUGUGGAGGACGAUACAUUGGCAAAAGUUUCUCAGCUAAGUGGUAUUCCAAAUGGAAAGAAAAUGACGAAAACAAUAAAUGAGUGCUGGGUGCAUAUUGCUCAUUGGAACUUUGUGAUCCGCAUUAUUUGUUUCAUAAAAUCCUCUUUGCGUGCAGUGGCUCCGGAGGACUUGUUCAAAGAUUUGUACAUUUCCUGCUCCACUGGUUUAUUUUUUGAGACUGCAGAAGAAGAGAUUGAAUCCCCGUACAAGCGAUUCCUGACUGACAUAAGAAAUUUGCCCAAAUCUGGUUUGAAAAAAGUAAUUUGUAAAUUGUCCUGGGAUUUAGGGUUAGAAGAAAGUAAGCAUGAUCCGUACCAAGGACUUAUACAUAGCAUGGGUGAAGCGUACUUCCUCCAUACCAAAGUACGCGAAAUUAUCGAUACGGUAGAGAAAUUAAAUGACGAUCUCGAAAGGCUGGAUGAACAAGAGAUUCAAUUAGCUGAAAAUCCGAACCCUCCUGUAGAGACCAAAUUCAAGAUCAAGAAAGGAAUUGGUCGAAAUGAUUUGAAGCAGCAAUUAAUGGAGCGUAUUAAGAUCAAGUCCUGUUCGCAGCCAGUCAAUGCUCUGCGUGAUGCCUUUAUCAGUUUCAUUGAAAACCUAGUGAAAACGUAUCUCAAACCCUUUCCUUCUUUAUUAAAGGGAGUGUAUCAUAAGGCAUAUAUUUUUGACGACGUUCUGACUCUAAAAUCGCUUUUCUCUCCGGAUCCGUUCUCAUAUGUGACUAAUUCCUUGAUGUUACCCUCCGAAAUUCUGAAUUGCAAGUGUUGCGAGGAUGUCAGUACUGAUUCUAAUAUACCAUCGUUGCCUGACACGUCCAUCGUUUUUAAACUGCUGAGGGAACAAACGAACAAGAAAGUUGAUCUCAACAUUCUUUACCAAGCCUUCCUGUCAAUUCUAGAAACAGAUGAGGUGUCGGCAAGAGGAAGAAAGUCCAUUAGACAAAAGAAACUUGAUCCAAACGUUUGUUUGUUACGGUUUCGCCAAUCGGUGGCAGAAUUACAGUUUUCGGGUGUUUUAAAACGUAGCAGGACAAAGCCUGAUGAAAUUACAAAGCUUACAUGGCAGUGAAAUUGUCGUGGGUUGAGUGAAUUACCCCGACAACGUGUUAUCAUUAUUUCAUGUCUAAAUAUGUAUGUCUGUAAAUUUUACAAUGUCUGAGAAUUUUUGAGUAAUUGGUGUCAUUUUUUUAGAGUCUGAAUCAGAGAGUCAGUAGGGUCAUUAUUUCAUGUACGUAUGUCAAGUUAGUACUUAUGCAUGAUUACUGAUGCCCGAUGUAUGUACUCUAAAGUAAUAAAGCCAAGUUUAUAAGUUGAUCAACA